AUGCCUGGCAAGCAUGCCUUGCCAACAAAAGUUAGUCAUCUGUCUUCCCCAAAAGAGAUAUUUCAGGUAGUAGGGGAAAAUUCUACUAGGAGAACAUUAGGUCAAACGGAGCGUUCUAAUUUGGAGAGCAAUUCUUACAAGAUGAAAUGGGGCAGACUCAAAUUUCCAGCGCAAAAAGAUACGUCUCUUGACGAGCCUAGUGCACCAGUUGACCCUGUGGUGAAAGGGGGAACAAAAGCGCAGCGAAAAGCAACUAAAGACGCUCAUCGUGUUGCAUAUAGUGUUGUAAAAGCUUCUAUUUUAGACCUUAAAGAAAACCAGGAACGGGCUAAAACGUGGUUUGGAAUAGGUCAUACGGGGAUCGCCAUCAACGUUUUUGAACGAAUGGAAGAGAUAGUAAAAAUCGACAAGAUAACAUAUGUUUUUGGAGGCAAAUACUGUCACCAAGAUACUCUUGCAUACACCUAUUAUGAUACGCGCAAAAUUAUCUUGUGCAACGGCUAUGAAAAAGCCGAAAAACUCUCUGGUUUUGACAGCAAGAUGGGAAUCCUAACGCACGAGUUGAGCCAUGCUUUGACUAGAACAGACGACAAAGUAUUUGGUGUAUCCAAAUGCAAGAAACUCGCUAAGAGAGCCCCUGGCCGAGCUGUUAAGAAUGCUGAUAAUUAUGAGUAUUUUGCUGAAAGUUUAUACUCUAGUUUAAAAUGA